CCUGGGCCAAAAAGAAACAAAUGUUGGUUGGGCCGAAAGGAACAAAAGAUGUGAUAGGAGGGAAAAGCUACUUUGACCAGAUACAGAGGGAGGCCUAUAAAAGUGAGGAGCACAGAGGGUUGAACACUGAGCUUCUCGACCUGCUGCUUUCCAGGAAGGUGGCUGCAGACUCAGUGCUUGCUGGGAAGAGAGAGAGCUCAGAGCACUGGGCCACUCUCUCUGGAGGCUGUCUGCCAGGCCAACCCGGAGGGACCUGAGAGCGAGAGCUGCCAUGAUGCACUGAUGUCAGCUGAAAAAGCUGGAUCAGCCUCCGGUCCACUGCCCUGGAAGCCAAAGGAGGGAACUGAGGCAGCGGCUUUCCGGAGCACAGAGGGAAUCCGAGAGAGUGGGCAAGGCCCCUGUCGUCGUGGUGGUUGUCGUGGUGGUCAGCAGUGCUGCCAUGGUGUCCAGAGCCAAGAGGCCCGGGCCCCUGCUGAAGGGAGAGGAGGCCCCGCUCUCCCUGGAGCACUGGAUCCAGAAGAAGGGCCAGAGCCCCUGGGGGGCAGCCCGGCCACUUUAAGUCGGAGAGCCCGGUGGCCGCGGCUAGCGAGGCCUACGCCAAGUUCUGUGCCGAAGCCAAACCCAGCAAAUGCCAGCGCGACGCUGGAGCCGCCUGGGCCCUGUGGCAGGCCUGCGUGGAUGGCGGCCAGUUGCUGGCCCAGCGGCAGGAAGAGUGCACGGCCUGGCAGACCAAGAGCCUGGAGCUGGAGUUCAAGUGCGCACAGCUGCAGCAGGAGAAACAGAGUCUGGAGGAGGCCUGGGAGGCUGAGAAGUUCCGGGCCAGCUUGGAGCGGCCUCCACCCCCUCAGCCCCCAGAGCGGCUGCCUGAGGGCUCCGAGGGCCAGGCCUCUGUCUCUGAGGGGCAGGAGGCCUUGGGGCGUUUGCAGGAGCGCUGCCAGCAGCUGGAGAAGGAGAAGGCCCAGUGGGAGGCCCAGAAGCAGGAGCUCAAGGCCGAGCUGGGGAAGAUGCGGCAGGGCCUAGAGGUGGGCCAGGGCCGCCUGGCAAGCCUGCUCAAAGCCAACCAGGAGGACCGUGAGACGUGCCGCAGCCUGCAGGAGAGCUAUGCCCAGUGCCAGGCCGAGAUCGAGAGGCUCCGCAAGGAGACUGGAGCGCAGCAGCUGCAGCUGAGGCAAGCCCCCGCAGCUGCCGUGACCCAUCGGGGGCCCAAGGAGGAGGAGCCCGAGGCGGCCAAGAGGCACAGGCCCGGGCACGGGGGGCGGGGCACGGCGUGGACCAGGCCAGCUAGCGGGAGCUGUGGCCCUUCUGGGGCCGCAGCCGCAGCGAGGCCUGCUCUCGAGCUCCCCCUGCCAGCCUGGGCGCCCAGCCUGCAGGCCCCAGAGGAGGAGGCAGCCCGUAGCGGAGGCGGAGAAGGAGGAGGAGAAGAAAAAGAAGGAGGAGGCGGGGGUACCCGCUGCACCCUCAGGUGGCCCCCAGCAGGCCCAGGUGGGCCGGCGCUGGAAAGCGUUGCCCCGCUGGAAGAGAGUGUGCAGCUCAUGCGGUGCCUGGGGGCGGGCAGAGAGGAGGGGCGGGGUCUGGGACUGCUCCUGGUGCCGAGCCCAGGCUGGGCCUUGGGGGGCCCCCUUCACACCACGCGGGGGCCACUAUUUCCCAGGCCGGGCCGCUUGCAGUCACCUUCCCAGUGAGAGGUCGGGGGAAUGCAGGGGCCCGGGAGGGGUGGAGAGCAGCCCCGGACCCCUGGAGAGGGCCGCCCAAGCGAGAUGUGGCCUGGAAGAGGAGGGAAGGACCCCUGGCCAGCCCCGGGGAGUGGAUGUGCCCCCAGUGCCACGUCUCCAACUACGGGCACAGGACCCGAGUGCUUUCGGUGCCAUUCCCGGAGGGAGAUGGACUUGGCACGGGAGGGAGAGGCCACUUUCCAGGCCUAGAGCUCCUCCCCUCCCCAUCCAUUUGUCCCAUCACUGCACUUCGCUCUGAGAGUCAUUCCAGUUUCCAGUUGGGUGGCACUGGAAAGGCACAGCCCGGUGUUAGAGGGGAUUCCCGCUGGGCCUCUCUGAUGAUCUCAAAGGGCUUACCCCCCCACACACACACUCUCCUCUGGCUCCGGACUAGAGAGCCUUCCAGAGGGCCUCCAUUUUGCCUCAGAGCCUAUCCCCUCUUGAUCUGGGCUGUCAGAAAGUUCUGCCAGGCAGCUUUUGAGACAGUGCCGGCCAGAUAGCUGCCUAGAUCCCAGGGUGUGGUGGAGCCCAGCUGUUCCCCUGAUGGGCUGGGAAGCAUUUCUUGAGCCUGAGGAGUGAGCCAGCUCCUCUUCUCCUUCCUUCCCGCCCCAAAAGCCUGCUGGAGCUUCGGCUUUGCUCCUGUCUAUCUAGGCUCUCCCCGCUGCCAGCCGCCAGUAGAGAGGCACUCCAGCCAUCCAGCCAUGUGUUCAGUUCUUCUGAACCACACAAGAGUCACAGGCUGGGCGCAGCCUAAAGGGGUUCCUGGCCUCUCCCUACUUGCAAGGAUGGCUCAAAUAUGUAUUUGGGGGGGGACCAAUGAACUAACAUUUCGUUCGGGCCUGAGCUCUGUGCUGUCCAAUCAGCUCCCACAGGUCCGUUCAAGUCUCCCAGGAGCACUAAGAGUCCUGUGGCGCUGCUCCCCAAUGGGCAGAAUGGCCUGUGGAAGCUGGAAAUCGCCCUCAGCCCCAUCACAGGGCUUGGAGAUCUAGUGUCAAGUUUGCCAAAAGGACCGUUCCUGCAUACAGAAGCCAGACUGAGAAAACUGGGGGAAGGAGGCCCCUCAUAAGAGAGCUACUUGUCACUGGCCUGGAUGACCACUCCGCGCUUGCCAUGUCAGCAGUAUGAAAUGGACUGGCCACCCCAACACCCCUUGGGGGAGGCUUUAGAAUCGGGUUGGAUAAUUCCUUUCAGAACUUUUGAAUCUUAUUUUUGACAAGCUGAACUUUUUCAAAACGCUUUCUUCCUGUUUCCAUGCUUCCUUUUCUUUCCGUCCCCCUCCCGGGUCCAACAAGCACUUCCACUGGGUUAUCCCGGUGCUAUCAUCACUUAUACCUCCUUCCAGAUUAUUCAUCUUUGCACUAGAGCGAUCUUUGGAAACCCACAUCCUACAUGCAUGUAAACUGAUGACGAGCCAUUUGUUUUUCUUGGGUUCUGCAUUCCUUCCCAUAAAUAAAUCCCUCUGGACUGUCCUGGGUGGUUCCACAGUGUUUCCCUCUGGCUCUGCAUCACUUCCUGGAGGUUCUUCCAGCCCGUAGAAGCCUUCCAGCACUACGGUAGUAUUCCAUUUAAUGAGCCCAUAGGAGAUAGUUGAUCGGCUUCACAUUUUGAAGUCAUCGAGCGGUUUGCCUUGUUAGCUUUCUUGUUUUUCAGUAGUGUGAUUCAUAGAAAGCCUUGUGUGCAUGACACUGAAUUCUUGAACAACUGCUAAUGAGCAUGGAGGCCCUCUGAGAAGCCAGAGCACCUAUGGGAAAAAAGAGGAACAACUGGAUUGUGGAUCUGGGAGGGAGCUCUGGAUCCAAUUCCGGGGGUACUUGGGAACAGCUGUAGGAUCAAAAUCAAGCCACCUGAGGCCCGUCCCAGCCUCCAGUUUGGCCAGAGGUCUGAUGUGACAGAUUCAGUCUCUAAAGGGGAGGUUGACAUUCGAAGGAGGCUUGGAUGAACUGUGUGAGCUGAAGGAACGAGAGGACGCCCCAAAUGUGGGACAUUGCAUGGUGCAGCCUUUUUCGGUGGCUCAGUCAGCUGUGACUUACUUUUUUUACUUCACAAAAUUACAAUUUGUUACACUGGAGAUGACUGUAGUGUUGUUAAGAUAUGGGAGAUGUUAAUAAAAAUUUAAGUUAAAAAUA